ACGCCGCCGGGCGGGGAACGGCGCGUGCGCAGAGGCCGGGGCUCGAUUGGUGCGCCGGGGCGGGAAGUAGGUUCCCAGGCCAGUCCAGGUCCUGCGCCCGCCAGGCCCUUGCCCAUGUACCCGUGGGCUCUGCUGCGCCGGGCCCCCCCGCUGGCCGGAAUGUGGAUGGGGCCGUGGGGACCAUGGCCGUGGGACAGGCCUGCAGUGUGGCAGGUCCCAAAGGUGGGCAAGAAGGAUGGCCCCGCCCUGCUGGACCUGGCCGAGAGUGACCUCGAGGAGCAGUUUGUGAAAGGACACGGGCCUGGGGGCCAAGCCACCAACAAGACCAGCAACUGCGUGGUGCUAAAGCAUGUGCCCUCGGGCAUCGUGGUCAAGUGCCAUCAGACGCGAUCUGUGGAUCAGAACCGGAGGCUGGCUCGCAAGAUCCUGCAAGAGAAGGUCGAUGUUUUCUACAAUGGCGAGAGCAGCCCCGUUCACCAAGAGAAACGAGCGGCAGAGCGGAAAAAACAGGAGAAGAAAAAGAGAGCAAAGGAAAUCUUAGAAAAGAAGAAACGGUUCAAAGAACUCUGGGAAUCGAGUCAAAGUGUCCAGUGAGAGAUACUAUGAGGGUUGGUGUGUGGGUGGGACCCGGCCAGCUCGAUUAUUGAGCUGGGAAGGACAGGGGUUUUCUUGAGAUUUUCAGUUCAUACCCGGUGAUGCUCAGGGUACUCCUGACUCUGCACUCAGGAAUCACUCCAUGGGGGAGAGAGGGGUCCGGGGCUCUGUGGGAGGCUGGGAUCAAACAUGGGUCAGCCCCUUACCUGCUAGACUCUCUCCAGCUCUUGGCCACUAUUUAAAGCCGCUUAUGCCCCUCAAAUCCUCCUGACCCAGGGCCAGGACAAAAGCUACCAAGUGCCCAGUACAGCAGCUCUGAAGGGGGCGGAGCGGGGGGUCAUCUGAGGAGGUGUAGGAGCGUCCCUGCUGCUUUAGACCCCAUUAGAAGUUCUGUCGCAGGACAGACUCCAGACCCCUCAUCUUAGUCGCCGGGAACCUGCAGCCCCUCUGGGAGGGCGGACAGACAGCGUGUGCCCCGAACACCAGAGCAGCUCUGGGAGCAAGACCAGAGCCAGGCUGUGGCCUGCAGGUGCCCGGCCCUGGACAGUGGCCCUGGCUCUCACUUUUCAUGUGAAAUGCUGCUCAUUUUUCAUUUUCGUGAUUUCUGGGUGCCCAGGACUGAGGCCAGCCAGGCAGGUCCCUCCACCAUCAGCCGCAGCCCUGGUUGAGCUGUUGCCAAAAUUCCGCUUAAAAAUCUAAGGAACCCAUGUGU